CAAGCCCUUGUUCAGUAAACGGCGAGGCUCCGCCUCCCUCCUCCGUCAUCGUCACCGUCAAAUUGUACAUAUUCUUUUUUCUCCAUCACCGGAAAUCUCUCAAUUUCAAUUUUCCGUUUGUUUUGCCGUUAUCUAUGGCGGCGAGGAAAGAUUCGGAUCGGAUCAAAGGUCCAUGGAGCCCCGAAGAAGAUGAGCUGUUACAGUCGUUAGUGGAAAAACACGGGCCGAGGAAUUGGACUUUGAUAAGCAAAUCGGUUCCGGGUCGAUCCGGAAAAUCGUGCAGGCUCCGAUGGUGUAACCAGCUUUCACCACAAGUGGAGCACCGUGCGUUCACACCUGAAGAAGAUGAAACGAUUAUUCGGGCUCAUGCGAAGUUUGGUAACAAAUGGGCGACGAUAGCCCGUUUGUUAUCGGGUCGGACUGAUAACGCGAUUAAGAACCAUUGGAAUUCUACUCUUAAACGUAAGUGUCCUUCUAUGUCUGAAGAUUUAAGCUUUGAUAAUCCUCAACCACCUUUGAAAAGAUCGGCUAGUGUUGGCCCGAGUAUGAUGAAUCCGGGUAGUCCUUCUGGAUCCGACUUGAGUGAUUCGGGUCUUUCCGGUUCGGGUUCGGGUCUGGAUCUCCCUCAACCUCUUGUUUAUCGUCCUGUUCCCCGUACCGGCUGUAUUUUCCCUCUCCCUCCUACUCCUGCUCCAUCUGUACCCGACCCGCCCACUUCUCUAUCCCUUUCUCUACCCGGCUCAGUAUCCGUACCCGGAUCCGGAUCAUUUGAAAAGCCAAGACAGUCCCCUCAAACACCACCACUACCACCACCGCAGCCUCCUCCUUUUGCGGCGGUUGAAAAGCCAAUUCCACCACCUGUACCGGUACUUUCUUCUACCCCGCCUUUCAUGGCCCAGGUCCCUCAAACCCAGCAACAAAGUUACGAAUUUUGUGCACCAAAAUCAGGAGAAAAGCAGUUUUUUAGCCCAGAGUUUUUGUCAGUUCUGCAAGCUAUGAUAAGAAAGGAAGUGAAGAGUUACAUGUCUGGGUUUGAAAAAAAUGGUUUCUGCCUGCAAACUGAUGCAAUAAGGAAUGCAGUAAUUAAGCGUAUUGGAAUCAGCAAAAUUGAGUGAUAAUGAUGAUGAAGAUGAUUAAUCAGUUGAACUGUUCGUUAAUCAAACUACAAUGGCAGCCGCUGCCCGUUGCCCGCUGCGGCUGCUCAGCCAAAAUGUGGCCGGAGAAAAAAGCAAUGGAAGAUCUUAGUGGCCUUUUCGUUUUUUUUUUUUUUUUUUUUUUUUUUAAAUUUGGUUAAUCUUUUUUUUAAUGCCUUAAGUAGAAUUCCCAAUCAGAAAAAUAAUUUUGCAGUAAUGUACAGAUGAUGAGAGGAAGAGAGAAAAAUGAAAUUUUAAAAAAAAAACUGUCUAAUGUUCAGAGGAAAAUGCAUGGAAAGAUCUAUUCUACCAAGAUAAACAAAUUGAGAAUCUUAAUUCUCUUUUCCAA